CGCCACAAAAUCAUCCAACAUGGCGUCCGAGGACGAUGCCCUCUCCUCCGUCACCUUCGGACUAGGGCGCAUCCUGCAGGACGCCGGUGUCGAUCCGUCUUCCCUUUCCUCCUUUCUCGGCGACAAUAGCGAAUCGACCAAAGGCUUGACGCAGGUGGAACUGUCUGACGACGACAAUAAUGCCAAGUUUGAGGAUGAUAUCUCGGAUGCAGAGCUGGAGGGAGGGGAUGAGGAGCGAGAGCAAAGGGCGAGGGAUGCAGAGGCGCGAAAGAGGGAAGAGGAGCGUUGGAGGAAGAAGGGUCUAGAGUUGAUGAAGCAAAGCAUGGCCAAGGAGAAGGCAAAGAAGGAAAAGCGCAAGCUGGAGGGCGCACAAGUUCAGGAGGAGACCGAGCUCGACAAGGUGCUCAAGAUAUGGCCAAACUUUGCCAAGGGUAAACCUCUACGGAUGACAGAGGUCGUCUAUGAAACACCGGCAGAGCUUGGGAUAUGGAAUGAAGAGAGAAAGAAGAGACGGAUAGAAGAGGGUGGCAAGGAAAAGCAGACUUAUACAUUCACUGUCGCUCCUCCAAAUCCAUCCCUUCAAGCAACCUUCCUUCAGUCCUCCCUUCCCCCAAUUGAGCUUCUUAAUACCAAUGCUCCCAACUACUCAAAACCGAUCGGCCGGUUCUUUGACAAGAAAUGGGUCAAGGAGGCCAAGGAACGGAGAAGACGAGAUAUGAUGGUGCAGCCACCUGCCUUGAGGCCGGAGGCCGGGGAUGAUGUUGAAGAAAUACGGCGGGACCUUGAUGUGGUUGAUUGGGAGGCUGGGAUUGUAUUCAAUUCAUUAGAGUUACCACAAAAACAGAUAGACAUUCUCGCGCCCCGCAACAACUUUCUCGAAUCCGGCGACUGGCUCUCGGACAUCAUCUGGGACGCGACACGUGUCGUGCCGGAGCUUGUCGAGAGCGAAGAUGAGGAUGCCGAUCAAGCUUCCAAAAUUCCUUCCACCAAGACUACCAAAAAAGGUGCCAUCAUUGCUGCUACCAAAGACGUUGUACUCGAUCCUUUCAACAUCUCGAACGACAUUCUAUACAAGGCGUCGGAAGGCGCGAAACACAUCCGACAGACGUUUGGUGCUAUUGAAGUAUUCCAUUCGCAACCUGCAAAGGUUCUACAACUGCCCUUCUACAAGACUACUUUGACAAAAUCCGAAGCUCGUGCUUGGCAUCGCCCCCCCUUACAAUUCCCUACUGGUGUGACACUCACCUUCUCCAAACUCAAACACAAUGUCUCGGCAGGCGCCAAUGUCAAAAAGAAGACAGUGUCCGAUCCUAGCGAGAAAUUCAAGACUACCAAAGACCUCACGCUCUCGGAGCAGGGCACUUUCGUGCUAUUGGAAUUCUCAGAAGAAUACCCACCGAUCAUGAGUAAUUAUGGGAUGGGGACGACGAUUGUCAAUUAUUACAGGAAGAAGGAUGAUAAUGACGAUAAUCCGCCAAAACUGGAGUUCGGACAGACGUCGGUCUUGAAUCCGGGAGAUGCGGAGCCGUUCUUGCUGGGCUAUGUGGACAAGGGCAAGACGACACAAGUCAUCCACAACAACCUGAUACGAGCCCCCAUCUUUGAGCAUAAGUCCGAGACUACCGACUUUUUGUGUAUCAGACAAACCGUCAACGGGCACGUCACAUAUCACAUUCGCCCCAUCAAACACAUGUUUACCGUCGGUCAAACCGUCCCGAACGAAUCCGAGGUCCAUGGCCCCCACGCUCGUAAAAAUACGAACACUGCCAAGAUGCGCCUCAUGAUCAUCGCCUGGCUUCUCAUCAACAAAUCGAAACAAAAGCGCUUCAAGAUCGGAAAGCUGCUCAAAUACUUCCCAGAUCAGACCGAGCUGCAAAUGAGGCAGAGGCUGAAAGUGAAAGGCAACGAAUUCUUGAUGUAUGCGAGGGCGCCGGGGCCUAAUCAGGGGUACUGGAUGUUGAACCCGGACUAUGCUUUUCCUGAUGAGAGGCAGCAGGUGUUGGAGAUGUGUCCUCCAGAGCACGCGUGUCUUUACGAGGCUAUGCUGGCUGGUGCCCGACAUCUUUACGAUGCGGGAUACAAGAAGACGGCUGAAGGCGGGCAUGAAGAUGAAGAUGAGGCGAACUUGGAUAUCGAGCAAAGGCUGGCGGUAUGGUCGACGACGCACAAUUACAAGUUGGCGGAAGCGCAGAAGGCGUGGUUGAUGAUCCACGGAGAGGGAGAGCCGACCGGGAGAGGCGAAGGAUUCAGCUUCCUGAGGGCAAAUAUGAAGAAUUACUUUUUGAGGAAGGGUGAGACUGAGCAGGGUAGGAGGCGUGAGUUGAUUCCUUUGGUCCCUCAGGCUUCAACUGACCAUAUUUGCAGUGGAAGCAGAGGCAAAGGCGGGGGGCAAUGUUGUCAAGAUCUCCAACGCCGAACAAAAUCGUAUCUACGAGGAAGAAAAGCGCAAGGUCUGGGAUUAUCAAGCUGCUGCCCUCUCCAAUCCUACCCCUCCCGGUAUCACCUCGGACGAGGAAGAAGCUCAUCGCAUUGCAUCAAUCCCCCUCAUGCCAGGUCUUGCGCCCAAGGUGGUCAGAGGCAGAGACAGUUCAAGCCGAGCUUUUUCCAGAGGGGCGUCAUUGGCAUAUACGCCGAGGGACUCCAGAUCGCCCAGUACCUUUUCAAUGGACGGGGCGGAGAGCAGUCACGCGGGCGGAAACCCGUGGAUGGGCAAAGUGCUCAGGAUCAAGAGGAUUGUCAAGGGCAAGGCUCAAUUUGAUAUCGUCCGAGACCCAGCUGUCAUUGCCAGUUACAUGAAGCGGGUCGAAGAGAAGAAGAUCGAUUACUACAUGAACCACCCCGACGAGCUCGCGCCCACCGGUGAUGCGGAAGAGGAUGCGAUUAGAAAGGUCGCUUUGCAAAUGCUCCUCGACAAGAACAAGCUGAACCAGCAGAGACGUCUGAUGCGAAAAAAGUACCAGUCAAAGACGCUGGAAACGGACAACAUGGGUAUCGAGGGUAUAGACCUGGAGGGGAAAAGAAAGUGUGGUGCAUGUGGCGCUAUCGGUCAUACAAAGGCCAAUCGCAACUGCCCCAUGUUUGGUGUCAACACCGGUCCGGCCUCAGUCGGUCCUUCCCCUUCCAACACACAAACUCCCGGGGCGCCCAACUCGGGAUAUGGACCGUAUACUCCGAUAGACUCCGGAAGGCCAUCGAGUCAGCCCCAGCAGACGUCUUUCAAGAUCAAGUUGGGCGGGGGCCAUUAGGGUGUGACCUGUAGAAGGAGGGGCAUGAAAGGAUGGACACUUAUGUGUGAAAGUAUAAUGUACUAGUCGCUUCUGGCAUGUAUUAUCAUUGCAAUCUGACA